UUGUUCAAAAUGACAGUUAAACAUCAUUAAAGAAUUAUUACUACUUCUUGAUACUUUUUGUUUUCGGUAUUUAGUAGGAAGGGACCCCCAGGCAUGGACGACUGUUUUAAGCACUAACUUAGUGUCUUCAUUAUGUCUUAUCUUGAAUGAAGUGAUCGUCGUGACACUGAAACUAUAAACCAAAAGAAAAGAAAAGGCGUCGAAUUCUUACCUUUAACUGUGUACUGUAAGCAGUUAUUGUGUGAGAUAUAUAUACCCAGCACAAUACAGUAUACUGUACAGAUUAGAGACAGUACUGUAUAUAAAGAUACAAAGGCAGUUUUGAAGUGUGUACCAAUAUAAAUACAGUACAGUAUAUGGGUUAGGGGCAUUUCUCAUAAUUCAGUGGACAAUGGCAUACGUCUUGACAAAAACUUGUACCACCUUCAACAUCCAGACACUAAACAUUUUCAAUCAGUGGUUUAUGGUCGCAGCAUCACGAACUCCUCUAAGUCAUAAGUGUAGAAUAUUAUGUAGAGUGCAGGAGCCAAGUAACCUGAGAUAUAUACACUUAAAAAGAACUUUAAAUGCUGCUACCAUUUCACAGAAGGAUAUCAAAGAAGGAGACAUUGAUCAAGGAACAUUACCAGACAUUGUUCAAUACAUCACUGAUAAACAUAUUAUCUAUAGUUCACACAUUGCUGAUCGAAGUGUUAAAUUGGAUUACAGAAGCAAACAGAAAAUAGAAAUGAAGUUCAAGGCCAAUCAAGAUCUGAAAAGAAAGCUUGAAUCCGUUCCUCUCAUCAUCGAGAAAAUGCUCUCGGUAAACAAACAGAUUAGUGACGAAAUUGAAAUGGCCGCUGAAAAUAUUCCAACCAAAAAUAUCGCAGUAUCGUACCCGUACUCGCACGUAGAAAAGGUAGAUUUAAAAGAGACUAUCGUGGAAUCCAAAACAAAUAUGAAAGAGUCAUUAUCAACGGAUAUUGGCUUGACUGUGAGAGAAGACAUUGCUUGUAGGUUGCAAGCUUAUGAAGACGGUGUUUUAAAAGAAUUAACCAGCGCAGAAAAUAAUUUACCUCCAGAUUAUAUUCAUAGCUCAGUAAAUGAUGACACUAUGCAUAAUUUGGAUCCUGAAUUACCAUCACUUAAGAAGCAGUACGGCACGAAUGAUCCGGCCGUCCCUGCCAGUAAUGUACCUUGUGGUGGGUGUGGGGCACAGCUACACUGCCAGGACUCUGCUCUCCCAGGUUUCGUCCCAAAAGAAUUGUUUGAAGGUCUUGAUCGAGGUGAGCUGCGAAGCGUCCUCUGCCAGCGUUGUUAUUUCCUCAAGUAUUACAAGAUGGCCCUCAAUGUACGCGUCUCACCAGAAGUAUACCCGGAGAUGCUGAAGCCAAUCAAGGACCAGAAAGCAUUGGUGAUGGUUGUGGUUGACCUUUUAGAUAUGCCUUGUUCUAUUUGGCCCAAGUUAAUGGACAUUAUUGGGACAAGGAGGCCAGUGGUGGUGGUGGGAAACAAAGUUGACCUUCUCCCUGCUGAUGGAAAGAACCACCUCCACAGAGUCAAGAAAUCUCUGGUUGCUGCCGUAGAGAAGACUGAUUUAGGACGAGCAAAUAUUCGCCACAUAGCUCUUGUCUCAGCACACACUGGUUUUGGAAUUGAAAGUCUUAUAACAAAAAUCCAGCAUUCAUGGGGCACAAAAGGAGAUGUAUACAUUGUGGGAUGCACAAACUCUGGCAAGUCAACACUCUUCAAUGCACUGCUUGGGUCUGACAUGUGCAAGACAAGUGCUACCAGUCUCAUUCGCCGUGCUACAACGUCUCCUUGGCCAGGAACGACACUCAAUAUGCUUAAGUUCCCAGUUCUUCGGCCAUCAGGUCAUAUGCUGUAUUUAAGAGUUAAGAGACUGAAAGAAGAACAGCGAAAAACAGCAGAGGUUGAUAAACUAAAACCUUUUUACACCAAAAGUGUUUCACUGGGAACAUUAUCUGGUCACAUUGGCAGAACACUUGAAAGUGGGAAGGAGCCUGAAGAGAAGGUUGACCCAUUCUCAACAAAUAUGAAAACUUUACCCAAAGAGCAGAGGAAAAUUCUUGGUAUCAAUACAUCUGAUCCAAAAUAUUCACUUGGCAGAUGGUGUUAUGAUACUCCUGGGACGGUCCAGCCAGAUCAGUUAAUCAACCUGCUCACUCAUGAAGAGUUGUUGAAGGUGCUGCCCCAUAAACUUAUUAGUCCCAGGACCUACUGUCUUCAGUCUGGCCAGAGUCUCUUCAUUGGAGGGUUGGCACGUCUUGAUCUCCUUUAUAGUCCUAAGUCAGUCAGGUUCACAGUCUUCAGAUCUCAACAUCUUCCAAUAACAAUAGUAAAGACUGUUGAUGCUUCUGCAUUUUAUCGUAAUUACCUCGGAUCUGAACUUCUUGGUGUUCCAGUAGGGAAUAAGGAGCGGCUUCAAAAUUGGCCACCACUUUGUCCCCAAAACAUCAAGACAUUCAGUGUGGAUAAAAGGAGUAGUUGUGCUGAUGUGGUCCUGUCAUCUGCAGGUUGGGUAGCAGUUACUGGACUAGGGUCUCAUGCCAUUGAACUGCGAGGUUGGGCUCCUGAUGGACGUGGUAUAUAUCUAAGGGAUCCUUCCCUUCUACCUCUGGCCAGCAAUCUUAAAGGACUCCGCAUAGGAAAAUCACCUGCAUAUAGACCUCACAAAAUUUUUGUCCCAAGAUGAGAAGCUAAGAAUUUUGUAAUGGUGUUAUUGUGCAAUUUUACUAUGUCGAGUUAUCUACAAUACUUCGCAAGUAUAGUUAAAGAGCACCAUUGAAUUUGUCAGAGAUCGCUCAACCUUUAAGGAGUAUGGCUGCAGCUCAUGCAGCCGUAUUAAUUUAAAACCUUCCUUACUACAGGAUAUGAUCCAUAUAUUUACAUAUCUCAAGGCAAUUGUUUUCAUGGCUCUGCCAUAGUUGCAUUGUAUCAUUGUGAAGGUAGAAUUAUUGGUAUGUCAUCAAAGAGAUAUUCCAAUGCUGGCCAGAUACUGUAUUAGUUACUACAGUAUCAUAAUGUUUUCCAGUUACUGGAUGAAAGGUACAAUACUGUAAAGGCAGUGAAAGUUAGGUGAGCAUAAUUUCCCAGCAAGGUUCAAAGAUGAGGAACUAAUUUAUGUGUAUUGACUUGGACAGAACAUGCAUGUGAAAAAAAAAUAAAAUAACCUUUAUGAUCUAUUCUAAGUGAAUGUAAAAUACUUAGUGAGAAAAUAAAAGAUUUACUGACUUAAAGAUAUUCUUUGAGAUUUUGUAUCACUUGUCAGCUGCUUAAUGUUUUGUUUUGGUACGUAUUCUCAAAAAUAAAUUAUUCAUGUAGU